AUGGAUCGUAAUGAUGCAGAUGCAGCAGCUUGUGCCAGAUCUGUUGAAGAUAAGCUGCAAGUCACACCACUCUUGUUACAUAAACCUAUAGUGUAUGAAGAUAGAUUGAUAGGACUUAUAGACCUCAUCACCUUAGAAGAAGUAAUUUGGACACAAGGUAGAGGUCAAAAUUUUCUACGACGUAAGCUUUCAGAAAAAUCUAAUGGAAGACAAUGGGAAUUUGCCAUGAAUGAACAUAGAAAAGUCAUAGACACACUGUCCUCUUUAGAUGAUGACCUGGCAGAUAUAAUAAUACAACAAGAAUCCUUAGAUAAUAUAGAUAAUAAAGAAAUUGAAAAUGCUGUUCGAAGAUGUACCAUAAACAUGAGAGUAUUUCCUAUUUUGUGUGGAAGUUCAUACAAAAACAUUGGUGUCCAGACUUUAAUAGAUGGUGUAAUUGCAUACUUACCCUCGCCUUUGGAAGGGAGUAAAGUAUAUAAGUGUUUUGAUAAUGAUCUAUCAGCAAAAGUGUUCAAAGUGCAGCAUGACGACCAAAGAGGUGUUCUAACGUUCCUUAGGGUGUACAGUGGAGAAAUAAAUAAAGGACAGAAGAUUUAUAAUUUAGCUAAGGAGAAAAGUGAACAGACAGGAUUGCUGUAUGUGGCGUUGGCUGAUGAGUACAAACCUGUAGAGAAAGUGACGGACGGCAAUAUUGCUGUUGUUAGUGGACUAAAGGCAACAAUGUCAGGGGACCUCGUAACUUCUAACCAAGCGGCAGCAAAGCGAGCGAAAGAGAAACUCUCCUCUUUACUCAAAGACCCUAGUGUCCGUGAGGAGCUGAUGCUGCCCAGCGCUCACCAGCGGCUCCAGACCUUCGAUACUGAGCCUACUGUAGGAGAAAUCGCUGAAGUCCUAUUAGGAAUUGGUAAUACAAUCCCAGACCCCGUGUUCCUGUGCUCGAUCGAGCCGCCCAGCGCGGCCUAUCAGAGCGCGCUGGAGACGGCGCUCGCUGAGCUGCAGCGGGAGGACCCCAGCCUGAGGGUCACCAGCGAUGAGGACACCGGGCAGAUAGUGUUGGCCGGUAUGGGAGAACUCCACUUGGAAAUAAUAAAGGAGCGUAUAAUACGUGAAUACAAGAUCGAAGUGGAACUUGGCCCGGCGCAGAUCUCGUACAAGGAGACGUUGGUGGGCAGCGCCAAGCACACGCUGGCCGUGGAGAAGAAGAUAGGCAACGCCAAGCAGAUGGCUAAGGUGGUGAUGUCUGCCAAGACUGUGAAGGGGGUUGCUCAGGAUAAGGUGCUCAAAUUAGACAAGACGGCGGAGAGCGCGGCCAACCUGGCGCACGUGCACCCGCGCUACCUGGCCGCCAUACAGCAGGGCGUGGCCGCCGCGCUGCUGCACGGGCCCAAGCUCGGCUGCCCGUUGGUGGACGUGCAAGUGACCCUGCACUGGUUCGAGGUGGGCCGCGGCACGUCCGAUUCCGUCGUCGCCGCUACUGUCUCUCAAUGUCUACGGAAGGUGUUUGUGGAAGCAGAGUCAGUGUUACUGGAGCCGGUAAUGUCUCUGGAGCUGGUGGUGCCCGAGUCCUACUCCGCGCGGCUGCUCACCGACCUGGCGCGACGCCGCGCUGAUAUACAGCAUAUACACCUGCGGAAUAAUAAUAAGGUAAUAGAAUGUCUGGCGCCACUGUCCGAGUUGCUGGGCUACUCGUCCACGGUGCGCUCGCUGAGCUCGGGGCUCGCCACAUACACCAUGGAGUUCCACUCCAACCGCCAGAUGGCGUCGCACGAGGAGGAGAAGGCCGUACGCGCUGUCACCGGCUUU